AUGGGCAGCGCACUGAUGCCCAUCCAUCUAACACUACCAACAGAGAGCGUUGAAGCGUUUCAGGCUCUAAAUAUGAUCUUCGGUUUAUGCGCAGUCAUAACUCAACUGAUACCAUUUUCUCAAGCAAACCCCCUACUACCAGCUGUUUUAAACUCAGCAAACGUGAACGCAUGGAGUUCCGAUCCAUUGCUGGGAUCAUGUAACUUGGAUUUACCUCAUAUAAGCACAGCCAUCCAGCCAGUCCUUGAUGCUAUCCAGGAUGAACACAAAAUUAAAGAAUUCAAAGAGAUCGUUGAUAAGGACGUUCCAAGAGGACAACGUAUGGAGCUAAUGAAGAAAUGGGCGCAAAAUCAAGGAGGAAACAUCUGGAAUGCAUACCAGCAACAACUAUCAGAAUGGCAAAAGCAAAAGAUGGAAUGGAAUGCGAGACUCAAAGAACGUUUCACGCGCCUUUCGGAAUCAGCAAAAAGAAUCGUCGAGAGGCGCCUCAAAAUUGAGAACGAUCCGACAAUAAAUGAAUUCCAAAGUGCUCUUGAAAUAGAUACACUGAUGGCACAAGCAGAACCUCGAGCAGCAAUGGAAGUAGCUGAUUUUAAUGCAUGGGUAAAGAGAAGUAGUGGACGUUGA